AUGCACAGUGCGUCUCUGACUAGUACUGAACGCCUCCUAGAGCUGCUUGAUGCGAAACCUGAGCCCAAAACGGAGGCUGCUAAAACUCUAUUGCGAUUCUUAGAGAUGGUCCAUGUCACGUCGGAGGUGAAGUUAUCCUGGUCUCAAGCGAUACGUACAAUAGGGGAGGCUCUUAUGAAAAA